AUGUCUGCCCACGAUAACGACAAUGAUGAACUCAUUGAUUACGAGGAUGGAAAUGAGGCCGAAAUUUCCACGGUCCCUUCUGCCACCAACGGGGCGGCUACUACAACUUCCGCUGCUGUCAGCGCGGCUGCCGACAAAGAGAAGAAAGGCUACGUUGGUGUUCACUCAACAGGUUUUCGAGACUUCCUCCUGAAACCCGAGUUGCUUCGCGCCAUUACCGAUCUGGGCUUUGAACACCCCUCCGAAGUGCAACAAGAGUGCAUCCCCCAGGCUGUCCUCGGCAUGGACGUACUCUGUCAAGCGAAGUCUGGACAUGGCAAAACCGCUGUGUUCGUUCUGGCUACCUUGCAGCAGCUCGAGCCAGUUGAUGGAGAGGUUUCGGUGAUUGUACUUUGCCACACUCGAGAGCUGGCGUAUCAGAUCAAGAACGAAUAUGGUCGAUUUUCAAAGUACAUGCCAGACGUCCGAACCUCUGUGGUGUAUGGAGGAACCUCUGUUGCCAAAGACGCCGAACUUCUGAAGGACAAGACCAAGUGUCCCCAUAUCAUUGUCGCCACCCCCGGUCGCCUAAACGCCCUUGGACGGGAGAAAAUUCUGGACGCUUCGAACGUAAAACACUUCGUCCUAGACGAAUGCGACAAAAUGCUCGAGCAACUUGACAUGCGUCGGGACGUCCAAGAGAUCUUCCGCAUUACACCCCACCAUAAACAAGUAAUGAUGUUCAGCGCGACUUUAGCCAAGGACAUUCGAAUGACCUGUAAAAAGUUCAUGACGAAUCCCCUCGAAAUCUUUAUUGAUGAUGAAAGCAAGCUGACCUUGCAUGGUCUUCAGCAACAUUAUAUCAAGUUGGACGAGAACGGAAAAAACCGAAAACUCAAUGAUCUUUUGGAUCAACUGGAAUUCAAUCAAGUUGUGAUCUUCGUCAAAUCGGUUACACGAGCCAACGAGUUGGACAAGUUGUUGCGAGAGUACAACUUCCCCAGCAUCUGCAUCCACUCAGGUCUUCCUCAAGAGGAGCGAAUCAAGAGAUAUACUUCUUUCAAGGCAUUUGAAAAACGUAUCCUUGUAGCGACAGACAUCUUUGGUCGUGGUAUCGAUGUCGAACGUGUUAACAUUGUCGUCAACUAUGAUGCGCCUCUAGAUGCUGACAGCUAUCUUCACCGCGUUGGGCGUGCCGGACGUUUUGGUACCAAGGGUCUUUCCAUCACGUUCAUUUCCUCCGAUGUGGAUCAAGAAGUUCUUAAUGCUAUCCAAUCCCGCUUUGAAGUUGCUAUUCCGGAACUGCCUGAAACUAUUGAUCCGACGACUUAUAUGACAUCUUAGAAUCGGGUCUAGUUUCGUUUCUUAGUGUCAUAUUCGUGCAACUGCAUUGAAGUUCUCUGUGUUUUUGCCUCUUGUCUACGUGUGUAUAUCUAUACAAGCUGAUAACAUGAGUUUGUGAGCCACAAAUUUGAGUGGCGGUGCUUUUCGGCA